CAUAGAAAUCUCUGCACUGAUCAAUUAAUGGUAAGUUAAUUAAAUGACUGGCUGAGGAAUCAUAGAAAUCUCUGCACCGAUCAAUUAAUGAUAAGUUAAUUAAAUGACCGGUUGAGAGAGAGUUUUUGAGAACUUGCCUGUCAUCAUUUGCAUGUUUAAUAAAUUAUUUCAUGUUUCUUGAAGUAACAGUUUGCAAUUUGUCUUAGAAACGUGAUAUUUAUUGUUUAAAAUUGUCAAUUUGUCAGGCUCUUGCAAAGACAUUAACAGUAGCUCAGCUAGCUUAUCUCAAAGAUCAAUUUACUCUGUUAGGACCAAACAAGAGUGGAUUAAUCUCUAUGCAGAACUUUAAGACGGCUGUUCUGAGGAGCUCCACAGAUGCUUCAAAGGAUUCAAGGGUCUUAGAUUACGUGAAUAUGGUUAGUUCUAUCCAAUAUAGGAAACUAGAUUUUGAGGAAUUUUGUGCUGCCGCUAUAAGUAUGCACCAACUAGAGGGAAUGGAGAGCUGGGAGCAGCAUGCAAGGCGAGCCUAUGAGCUUUUUGAAAAGGAAGGAAAUAGACCAAUUAUGAUUGAGGAACUUGCUUCGGAACUUGGGCUUAGUCCAUCAGUACCUGUUCAUGUAGUACUUCAAGAUUGGAUAAGGCACUCAGAUGGGAAGCUUAGUUUCUUGGGGUUUGUCAGGCUUCUGCAUGGGGUUUCUUCCCGUGCAUUUCAGAAGGCUUGAACGAAUAGUUGCUAUUAUUUUUUCUUGCCCGUUACCUUUAAAUAUUUUGAUAGGAUAAUGCUUUAGCUACCCUCCAUCAGCAGACCUCAAUGAUGGCUUCUGCAAGUUGAAGGCAGUGGCUGAUAGGAAUUUGUUGCUGAUGAAGCUGUAUGCAACAUCUUCAUGUAUCAAUCCCACUUUUCCAAAAUUUACCAACACAACCUUCUCCCCACCUUGUUCUCACUCACUUUAGGUUGGUGGUUCUGAAGUUAGAGGCUUGUACAGAUGAAAACUAGACCACAAAUUGUACCUAGAACCAUCAGAACCUCUGAAAAAUGAUGAUUAUUCUCUUCGCAUGUUACCCAUGGCACCUUUCAAUAAACCUUCUUAUCACGUGAACUCCUUGAUAGUUGACAGUUUUUUUAGCUUUUUUGUUGUUGUAUUUACAUGUUAUUAUUCAAGGCCACAAGUGAUGGUACCUUUUAUAUACAAUAGCUUUAUGGAGUUUUCAAUCUAUAACUUAUUCCAAACUAUGCACACACAAAGUUCUUUUGCUCUGACAUGGGUGGCUUUUGGUUAAUCAGCUAUGCACACUAUCUUUAGAUGAUUCCAAGCUUCUAACGAUAUCAGUGUAAAGUUUUGCACUCA